AUGUUGAGCAGGCCUUCUUCACCGGAUCUGCCACCCUCUUGGUUCCUGGUCUUCCUGGGGAUGGUCUUCUUCGUGGGACCUGGAUGGAGCUGCUCCUUCAGGUGCAAAUGUUUGGUUCAGGAGAAAGUUGUCUUCUGCAACAGCCGGAAUCUGACCACUGUGCCCGUCAAGAUCCCCCCGGAUUCGGAAUUCUUGGACUUAAGCCAAAACAGCCUCCGUACCCUCCACCAGGGCAUGUUCUCCCGUCUCCAAGCCCUCAAAGAGGUGGACCUCAGCUAUAACACCAUCUCCAACAUUGAACAGGGGGCCUUCAACGGCCUUCAGAAGAUCAUGACCCUCCGACUAACAGGCAACAAGUUGAAGAUGAUCCCAGAUGGGGUCUUCACGGGGCUGCCCAACCUCUCCGUUCUUGACCUGCGGGAAAACAAGAUCCUCGUCCUGCUGGAUCACUCCUUCAAAGAUCUCUUCAGCCUUGGGCAUCUAGACAUAAGGGACAAUCCUCUGGUCUUGAUUUCAGGUCAGGCUUUCCGAGGCCUCCAACAUCUGCGGAGCUUCACACUGCAAAAAUGCAACUUUACCAGCCUGCCCACCGAGGCCCUCUCCCACCUUCCCCAUCUGGUGGAGCUCCAUCUGAAUGUUCUCAACCUCAGGGUCCUCCACAACUAUUCCUUUCGGAAGCUCCAUCGCUUGAAAGUUCUGGAGAUCAAUCAGUGGCCCUUCUUGAAAACCCUGGAGUCUCACAGUCUCUCUGGCCUUAACCUGACUUCCUUGUCCAUCGUCAGAAGUAACCUGCAUGAUGUUCCUUAUAGGGCCAUCAAGCCCCUGGCCCACCUCCGUUUCCUCGACCUCUCUUACAAUCCCAUCUCCGUGAUCCGUGGAAGGAAGUUGCUGGAUCUCUCCCGUCUCCAAGAGUUCCACCUUACAGGGGGCCGACUGACCACCAUCCAGGCCGACGCUUUUGAAGGCCUCGUCCAUUUCCGUCUCCUCAACGUCUCGGCCAACCACCUGCAGACCCUUGAGGAAAGGGUCUUCCAUUCGGUGGGGAACCUGGAAGUCCUUCGGCUGGACCGAAACCCCUUGGCCUGUGACUGCCGCCUCCUUUGGAUCUUGAAGAGGCGGCAGAGGUUGAACUUCGAGGCUCAGAUGCCCAUCUGUGCUGUCAGCUCAGAAGAAGGAGAGAAGGUCUUCCGUGACUUCUCCAGGGCUCUGCCACAUCACUUCACCUGUCGGAAGUCUACCAUUGAGGAUAAGGCCCUCCAGAAAGUGGUCGUUCAUGAAGGAGAGCAGGCCAACUUGACUUGCAGCAGUGCUGGAGACCCACCACCCAUCGUUUCUUGGUUGAACCCUCAAAACAUCACCUUAGACUCAACCCACAAAGGCCGGUCAACCGUCCUUCCUGAUGGGACUCUUAAGAUUCAGUUCGCCCUCCCUGAAGACAGUGGAUUGUACCGUUGCGUUGCGAGCAACACAGCCGGCAAUGAUUCUAUGGUAGCUUCUUUGAAGGUCCUUGUUCCUCUGUUCAACCAGUCCCUGGUCUGGAAGGACUUCGGUCUGCGCAAUAGAACGGUGAUGUCCUCCCUCUUUUUCAUCCACGCCAGCAUCUGGCUGGGCAUCUUGGUCAUCGGGAUUGUCCCCUUUCUCUGCUCCGUCCUGCUCUGCUUCUCCUUCAUCUUCCUCUACAGUAGAGGCAGAGGGAACGUCACCCACCAGGUGAUUCACGCCGAGGCCCGUCCCUCCCGAGGUUACAAGGCCAUUGUGGGCCAGCGAAGAACUUCUCCCAAAAAACCACAAAGAAACUCUCCCCAAAAAGCUGAGAUGAACACUUGA